UGGUAUCAACCGUACACUUGAUCUUGAUGAUGCCAAGCUCAUGCAAGAGGACAUACCAAAGAAGACAUACAAGAGGACAUACCAAAGAGGACAUGCAAAACGGGAGCUGCCACUUUCUGCUCAAUGCCCCUUGCAAGUGGGACAGGAAGAACAACCACAGCAGCAUACUGGAUUACUACAUGGCAGCAUCCGUUCACUUGAUCGUGAUGGUUGCACUCCCAUACAAGAGGACAUACUUCCAUAACUUGAGAUGACACUUUCUGAUCCAUGCCGCAUGGAAGUGGAACAGGAAGACCAAGCACAAGAGCACCCUGGAUUACUCAAUACUGCCAAUGAUACAUCGUGUGACGGGACACUGCCCAAGGACCGCUGUGUGAAUGCCGAAGUGCCGGAUCGAAGUAAAGGCAGAGGUGCUAUGCACAUAAAUCUAAGUUCCAGCUUUGCUACAGCAAAAACUCGGCAAACCUUACACCGGUACCGAAAUCAAAUAUUGAGACUGAGGAAACAACUCCAAUCAAAAUUGUCCAAGACUUCCUGCACAUCAAAAAAUCUAUUUAAGAAUGUCACAAAACACUUAAACCCUAAAUUAGUAUCAUUUAUGGCGUCACAAAUUAAACAAGGAAAAAGGAAAGCUAAUGGGAGGAGAUACAGUAAAGAAGAAAAAAUGCUUGCAUUAGCUACCUACUACACUAGUCCCAGGGCUUACAGAUUUUUAGCUUCCCUUUUCACUCUACCAGCUUUUGGUACAUUGCACACGUGGCUGCGUAGAAUUCAAAUGAAUGUAGGAUGGAAUGCAACAACAUUAAAAUUCAUGGCACAGAAAUCCACCAAGAUGAAAGAAUCCAAUAAACUUUGUGGCAUUAUGUUUGAUGCUGUGCACUUGCAAGAACACAUAACAUAUAACAUGGCUACAGACACUUGUGAGGGAACAGAAAAUUUAGGAGAAUUUGGCAUGAGAAAUAAAGCACAAACUAUGCAAUUGUAUUUAUGGUAUGUGGUCUCCUUAUUAAAUGGAAGCAACUGCUAGAAUAUUUCUUCUACAGAUGCAGUAUCAAAACAGACACACUGAAAUCAAUGGUUGUUACAGCUGUUCAGCGUGUAUAAGAAACAGGUUUUAAUGUAAAGUUUGUGACUUCAGACCAGGAUGGGGUUAACCGAUCUGUCUUUAAAUCCUUGCAGAUGACAACUGAGGAACGUUUUUUCUGUGUCAACAACAAACAAGUACACUGGUUUUAUGAUGCGCCACACUUACUCAAGAGUGUACGUAAUAACUUAAGAAAGUACAAUUGAAAUUUUGAAAAAGCGGUUGUCUUGGUGCUAUGUAAAACAGUUUUAUGAAAAGGAUAAGGAACAGGGUCUCAGACUAGCCCCAAAGCUAGGUUUGAAUCAUAUAGAGAAACAUGGAUAUUCCGAU